UUGACAAUUUUUCAUUCACUUACCAGUUCUUAUUGACUUGCAUCAGUCAGGGACAGGGCACAUGAUUUCAUCGCCCACCACACCACAAUCUAAUAAACACGAAUGCACGAUGUUAGAUUAAGCGCCAGAACAAAAUCUGGUUCAGAAGAAGAAAGCAACUAUUGUUUGACACGAGGGAGAUAUGUGCAUAUUCGAAUCCUCUUCAACCCACUUGCUACUUCUCUCUCUCUUUGCCUUGCUAAACUCUGCAAGUGAAGCAACUCCUAUUUAUACCGCACAUGCCUGCACAGAUGGAUCCUAUUACUUACCCAACACACCAUUCCAAACCAACUUGAACCUCCUCCUCUCAUCCCUCGUCUCCAGCGCCACCCUCCACGACGGAUUCCACCGCACCACCAUCGACGAUGUCAAGGGACUCUUCCUCUGCCGCGGCGACGCCACCCCCUCCGCCUGUCACGACUGCGUCACCGCCGCGGCCAAAAAUAUCACAGACCUCUGCCCCAACCAAACAGAGUCCAUAAUCUGGUACGACCACUGUAUGCUGCGUUACUCCAACAGCUCCAUUCUCAACAACAUAGUUCCAAGUUUUGGCCUCGGUAACGAACCGAGCGUCCCUGACUCGGACCACACACGGUUCAACGAUGUUCUUGCGCCCACGUUGAACGAUGCGGCACGGGAAGCCGUGAAUUCGAGUAAGAAGUUUGCUACAAAAGAAGCGAAUUUCACGAGCUCCAUGAAGCUCUACACACUGGCGCAGUGCACGCCCGAUUUGUCCACUUCUGAGUGCAACACGUGCUUCGCAAGCUCCAUCGGUGCCUUUCCGAAUUGCUGUGACGGCAAACGAGGUGCACGGGUCCUGCUUCCGGGCUGUAGUGUCAGAUAUGAAUUGUUUCCAUUUUACAACGUUUCCACCGCUUCCCGCCUUCCCUCUCCGUCUUCAGGGAAAAGCAGUAUCUCUAUAAUUUUGGCGAUCGUUGUCCCAAUUACAGUUGCAAUUCUACUUUUCAUUGUUGGCGUCUACUUCCUUCGUAAGAGGGCAAGCAAGAAGAAUAAUACUUUCGUCCAGGAUUCAAUUGCAGAUGAUCUUACAGAUGUCGGUGAUGUGGAGUCCUUGCAAUUCGACUUGCCUACAGUUGAAGCUGCCACAAACAGAUUCUCGGAUGAGAACAAGAUUGGCCAAGGUGGAUUUGGGGUGGUUUAUAAGGGUGUCCUCCCUAACGGACAGGAGAUAGCUGUGAAGAGGUUGUCAGUAACCUCCUUGCAGGGUGCUGUAGAGUUCAGGAAUGAAGCUGCUCUUGUGGCCAAGCUUCAACAUAGAAAUUUAGUGAGACUAUUGGGAUUUUGCUUGGAGGGACAAGAGAAGAUCCUUAUCUAUGAAUACAUACCAAACAAAAGUCUUGAUUACUUUUUAUUUGACCCUGCAAAGCAAAAAGAGUUAGAUUGGUCAAGACGCUACAAAAUUAUAGUUGGUAUUGCUCGAGGAAUUCAGUAUUUACAUGAAGAUUCCCAACUUAGAAUUAUACACCGGGAUCUCAAAGCUAGUAAUGUUCUAUUAGAUGAAAAUAUGAACCCAAAGAUUUCAGAUUUUGGUAUGGCAAAAAUUUUCCAGGCAGAUCAGACUCAAGUAAAUACAGGAAGGAUAGUUGGGACUUAUGGUUACAUGUCUCCAGAAUAUGCAAUGCGUGGACAGUUCUCUGUGAAAUCAGAUGUGUUCAGCUUUGGUGUCUUAGUUUUGGAGAUUGUGAGUGGCAAGAAGAACACUGACUUUUAUCAAUCGAAUCAUGCUGAUGACCUUUUAAGCCAUGCGUGGAAGAAUUGGACACUGCAGACACCUCUGGAGUUGCUGGAUCCAACACUGAGAGGUUCUUAUUCAAGAAAUGAAGUCAACAGAUGCAUCCAUAUUGGUUUAUUGUGUGUUCAAGAAAAUCCAUCUGAUAGGCCUUCGAUGGCCACUAUUGCACUUAUGCUGAACAGUUAUUCAGUUACCAUGUCAAUGCCACAACAACCAGCAUCUUUUCUGCGUGGAAGAGGUCCUAACAGGUUAAACCAAGGGAUGGACUCUGAUCAGUCUACCACCGAUCAGUCUACGACUUGUUCAAUUCCAUGGUCUGUGAAUGAAGUAUCCAUUACUGAUGUAUACCCUCGCUAAACGAUGGUUUUUCAUAUUUCCUUCAAUCAAUCCAGUGUAUGUCCAAAUCUUUUCAAACUUUGGGGCUACUCUUAAACAGACCUAGCAGAUAUAUACUGUAAAUAUUAAUGGCUAAAAGAAUUAUGUCCCUACUUCAUGCUGGAUGCCCCAGGAGAGACCAGAAUAAUUUGCAAUCUUGACCAAUUUUGUGUUUGAAAUGUAGUGUUGAUUUGUUAAGGGAUUCUUUUUCUUGCUCACAUGAUGUUGGUGAAACGUGCUGGCUGAAUGCAAGUACCUAGUUCUGAAAUACAGAUCACGUUAAAUUUCAGGUGGACUUGCAGUAGUGCUAUAUCUAAUUUGUUGUGAUCUAAAAAUCCAAAACUCGGAUGUGGUUAUGCGGAUAAAUUUGUCUUUAUACACGUUUAUUUACAAAAUAAUUCAUUUGAUCCUUA